AUGACCUUUCAGGAUGCGGAAGGAAAAGAGUGUUCUAUUCAUAUCCCGCUUGAAAGAUAUGACGAGGCGAUGGAUUACUUUAUUAAGGAGAACUGGGAGGAGUUGAAGAAAUUUGAGGAGUGGAAUGGGCAGGAGUAUAAGGAUCAUGAGAUUAGGGUUACGGAGUGUUAUUGUGGGAAAUGUGUUGUUGGGUGA